CCCUCUCUCUCUCUCUCUCUCUCUCUCUCUCUCUCUCUCCGAAUUUCCUGAGCAGGUCAAAUACUUUUCUCGUCUUUUCCCUCCAUUUGCUCUCUCCCUCUCUCUCUCUGAGCUCUUAAGUGAGGUUUCGGGUCUGAUGGACGGAAGCGGCGCGUACAACCCACGCACGGUGGAGGAGGUGUUUAGGGAUUUCAAGGGUCGUAGGGGCGGGAUGAUUAAGGCCUUGACCACCGAUGUCCAGGAGUUCUACCGACAGUGUGAUCCCGAAAAGGAGAACCUAUGCCUUUAUGGACACCCGAAUGAGCAUUGGGAGGUGAAUUUACCUGCUGAAGAGGUUCCCCCCGAGCUUCCGGAACCUGUUCUCGGCAUCAACUUUGCCAGAGAUGGAAUGCAGGAGAAGGAUUGGUUGUCUUUGGUUGCGGUCCAUAGUGACGCAUGGCUUCUUGCUGUUUCUUUCUUCUUUGCAGCUAGGUUUGGAUUUGACAAAGCUGAUAGGAAACGGCUUUUCAAUAUGAUCAAUGACCUCCCAACUAUAUUUGAAGUCGUCACUGGCAGCGCCAAGAAACAGACAAAGGAGAAAUCUUCAGUAUCCAACUUUAGCAGCAACAAAUCCAAAUCGAACUUCAACUCCAAGCGUGGGUCAGAGUCACGAGGCAAGUUCUCCAAGCCAGUGACCAAGGACGAGGAGGAAGAUGAGGGUGUGGAAGAUGAGGAAGAUGAAGAGCAAGGGGAAACACUAUGUGGGGCAUGUGGAGAGAGCUAUGCGGCUGAUGAAUUCUGGAUCUGCUGCGACAUUUGCGAGAACUGGUUCCAUGGAAAGUGUGUCAAGAUCACACCAGCGAGGGCUGAACACAUAAAGCAAUAUAAAUGCCCGUCUUGCAGCAACAAGAGGGCUCGAUCCUGAUCAUAGUGUCCCAUCUUUGUUCCUCGCCUUGCCUCCCUGUGUAUUCCUUUGGCAUGAUGGACAACUAACUCUCUGGUUUAGAUCAGGUUUGUUCGUAGAGACAUGUGAUUUGGUAAUGGUAGGCUUAAGUCCCUUCUCUCUUUCAGCAUUAAGAAGCUAAGUUAGCAAGCCACAGGAAAUCAAUCGCUGGCUUAGGAAAACAACAAUAGAGCUCUCUGGCUGGAAACGGUCUGGCCAAAUUCUUGUCAAUGGCGAUUGAAGGAAGGAACCUUGUGUUUAUAUA